UCAGUGGCAGGCCCGGCCUUCGGAGGAAAAGAAAGCGAAGCCCAGCUCGUGGAGCUGGCGAGGUAGGCUCUUUCCCCCUUGGGGCGAUCACGUGGUGUAGGCGCGCGCCAGGCCCAGUUCGGCCCCUCCCUAUUCCGGGCCUCAGGCCCCAUCCUCAAGUGGAGCGCGGGGUGCGUACGCGACGGAGCGGGGUGUGAAGAUGGCGGACGAGGAGGCCGACCAGGAGAGCCUCAGCCGAGGCGGCGGAGGCUGCGCCGCGGAGUUGCAGCGCCUGGGCGAGCGGCUCCAGGAGCUGGAGCGACAGCUGCGGGAGAGCCGCGGGACGGCCGUGGAGGCAGCCACCGAGUACUGCCAGCAGCUGUGCCAGACACUCCUUGAAUAUGCUGAGAAAUGGAAAACCUCAGAAGAUCCUUUACCUUUGUUGGAGGUUUACACUGUGGCUAUUCAAAGCUAUGCUAAAGCACGACCUUAUCUUACCUCUGAGUGUGAAAAUGUAGCAUUGGUGCUGGAACGAUUGGCAUUAAGCUGUGUUGAGCUUUUACUGUGUCUUCCCUUUGAAUUAUCAGAUAAUCAGUGGAAAGAGUUUCAGGCAUUGGUGCAGGUAGCUCAUAAAAAGCUGAUGGAGAAUGGAAGCUGUGAAUUGCAUUUUUUAGCUACUCUUGCUCAAGAAACUGGAGUGUGGAAAAACCCAGUAUUGCAAACAAUUCUUUCCCAGGAACCAUUGGAUAAGGAAAAAGUGAAUGAAUUUUUAGCCUUUGAGGGUCCCAUCUUGUUGGAUAUGAGAAUUAAGCAUCUAAUCAAAGCAAAUCAGUUAAGCCAAGCUACUGCCUUAGCAAAGCUGUGUUCUGACCAUCCAGAGCUUGGUACAAAGGGCAGUUUUAAGCAAACCUACCUUGUCUGUCUCAGCACAGUAUCACCAAAUGACAAGUUAAUUGAAGAGAUUUCAGCAGUUGAUUGCAAAGAUGCACUAGAAAUGAUAUGUAACUUGGAAUCUGAUGGAGAUGAAAAAAGUGCUUUGGUUUUAUGUACUGCAUUUUUGUCCCGCCAGCUACAACAAGGAGACAUGUAUUGUGCCUGGGAGCUGACACUCUUUUGGAGUAAAUUACAACAAAGAGUAGAACCAUCUGUGCAAGUGUAUCUAGAGAGGUGUCGUCAACUUUCUUUGUUAACCAAGACGGUCUACCACAUUUUCUUCCUAAUUAAAGUUAUUAAUUCAGAGACUGAAGGAGCUGGGCUCGCUACCUGCAUUGAACUUUGUGUGAAAGCUCUUCGAUUGGACUCUGCUGAAAACACUGAAGUGAAAAUAUCUAUUUGCAAAACCAUUUCGUGCUUGUUGCCUGAAGAUCUGGAAGUCAAGCGUGCUUGUCAAUUGAGUGAAUUUCUUCUUGAACCCACAGUUGAUGCAUACUAUGCUGUUGAAAUGUUAUAUAACCAGCCCGACCAGAAAUAUGAUGAAGAGAAUCUUCCAAUACCAAAUUCACUGCGCUGUGAGCUCUUACUUGUGUUAAAAACACAAUGGCCCUUUGAUCCAGAGUUUUGGGACUGGAAAACCUUAAAGCGACAGUGUCUUGCUUUAAUGGGAGAGGAGGCAUCUAUUGUGUCUUCAAUAGAUGAACUAAAUGACAGUGAAGUGUAUGAAAAGGUAGAAGACUACCAAGGAGAGAGAAAAGAAGCUUCUGUGAAUGGACUUUCUGGCUGUUUUGAUGAAGCCACAAGCCUUCUUAAAGGCAUACGAGAUGAGAAAGAAAAGAAGAAAGAAAUUAAAAAGUUGAGAGAGAGGGGAUUUAUAUCAGCUAGGUUUAGAAACUGGCAAGCCUACAUGCAGUAUUGUGUUCUAUGUGACAAAGAGUUCCUUGGUCAUAGAAUAGUAAGACAUGCACAGAAGCAUUAUAAAGAUGGGGUUUAUAGUUGCCCUAUCUGUGCAAAAAACUUUAAUUCUAAAGAAACUUUUGUCCCUCAUGUGACUUUACAUGUCAAACAGUCCAGUAAAGAGAGAUUGGCUGCUAUGAAACCAUUGAGGAGAUUAGGAAGACCUCCUAAAGUACCAACCACCAAUCAGAAUCAAAAGACUGUUACUGUAACCAAACAAGAGCAGCGACCCAUAAAGAAGAACAGUCUUUAUUCUGCUGAUUUCAUUGUGUUCAAUGACAAUGAUAAUUCAGAUGAUGAAAAUGAUGACAAGGAUAAAUCUUAUGAACCCGAUGCGAUUCCCAUUCAGAAGCCAAUACCUGUUAAUGAAUUCACUUGUCCUGUAGCUUUCUGUAAGAAGGGUUUUAAAUAUUUUAAAAAUUUAAUUGCUCACGUCAAGGGACACAAAGAUAAUGAAGAGGCUAAGCGUUUCCUUGAAAUGCAAAGCAAAAAAGUUAUUUGCCAGUAUUGUCGGAGGCAUUUUGUAAGUGUUACUCAUCUCAAUGAUCACUUACAAAUGCACUGUGGCAGUAAACCCUAUAUAUGUAUACAGAUCAAAUGUAAGGCAGGUUUUAACAGCUAUGCAGAGCUUUUAACACACCGAAAAGAGCACCAGGUCUUUAGAGCAAAAUGUAUGUUUCCUAAGUGUGGCAGAAUAUUUUCAGAAGCCUAUCUACUUUAUGAUCAUGAAGCACAGCACUACAACACCUAUACCUGCAAAUUCACAAGUUGUGGGAAAGUUUAUCGUUCUCAGAGUGAGCUUGAAAAGCAUUUGGAUGACCACAAUACUGAAAAAGUGCUGUCCCCUGAAGGCCAAAACAAUACAGCUGAUGAGUCAGUUCAGCCUUCAAAAGCGAAUGAAAACACAGAUGAAAAUAAAAAAAAUGAGAAAUCUGUGCUUCCUUCAGAAAAUAAUGCUAGUAACAACUUAGCAGUGGAUGGAAACAGUGCUUGGGAUCAAAACAAAACAGAAUCAGUUGUGACUGAACAAGCCAAAAUUUCUGCCACUGAGCUUGGGCAGGCAGAUACACUGCUGUCUGAUGGUUCAGAAAACCCUGCUAUCUCUUUUAUUCCAACAAAUGAAGCAGCUGCAUUAACCCACAGCAUUAAGGUUUCCCUCAGCCAAGAUCUCCAGGAUAAUAUCGUGAAGCAGGAAAAGUUGGCUGCUACAGGCUGCAUGGUGAAUAUUAACAAAUCUGUGGGUACACAAUUAUGUACAAAUGUUAAGGAUGCUUGUAAUGAUUCUUGUCUUCCAGGUGUGCAGGAAAGAAAAGAGAAUAAUAGUAAUUGUUUGAGUCAGGGUCAGCAUGUUCAGAAUACUUUGGCAAAUUCAGAUCCCCUUAAAAUAGGUGAUCUUGCACCUCAAAACUUAGAAAGACAAGUUAACAACCUGAUGACUUUUACCUUGCAAAAUCAGGCAGUAUUUCAAAACAAUUUACCUAUUUCCAAACUUGAAUUUGAAGGUAAUGCUAAAACUACAUCUAGUCUUUAUAAUUUACCACUUAAGACAUUAGAAGGUAUCACAUUUGUUCCACCACAACCCAAUCUGAGCAGUCCUUUAGUGACUCCACCUGUUCCACCACCUGUUCCACCACCUGUUCCCCCAACAGCUCCAGUUCAGAAAUUCUGUUGUCAGGUUGAAGGAUGUACUCGAUCUUACAAUUCUUCACAAAGUAUUGGAAAACAUAUGAAAACAGCACAUCCUGACCAGUAUGCCGCAUUUAAAAUGCAGCGUAAAAGCAAAGGAAGACAGAGAUCCAGCAACUUAAAUAUGCCAAAUGAUGGGAAGUGUGUAUAUUUUUUGCCAUCACAGGUGAGCAGUUCCAGUAACACUGUUUUUACACCACAAACCAAAACCAGUGUGAAACCUACUUGUUCAGCCCAGUUGCCACAUGUUUCAACUCCUCUUUUUCCAACUCAUCUAGAAAAUUUAUCAAACCCAUUGUUGCCCUCAGUGGAAAGUGUCAUAAGUACAAAUAUACCUUCUCAUGUUAAAAGUGAACCAGGUGUGGUAUUAUGUUCCCCAAUGGAAAAUUUAUCAAAUGCAGCAUUGCCAUCACAAUUGGAAGAUAUAACAAAAACAGUUUUGCCAUUGAAUAUUGACAGUGGUUCAGAUCCUUUCCUCCCUUUGCCUGCAGAAAGUGGUCCAAUAUCUCUUUUUCCUUCACCAGCAGAUAAUGGGACUAAUUCAGUCUUUUCCCAGCUGGAGAACAAUACAAAUCACUUUUCACAAAUAGAAGGAAAUACUAAUUCUGCCUUUGUAAAGGAAGAAAAUGCUCAAAAUAGAGUUUUUCCUUCAGAAGUAAACACUACAAAUAACUUCAGUGCCACCACCUCCCAACAUCCAGCACCAGAAAAAAAUAAAAAAGACCGUGGACGGGGCCCAAAUGGCAAAGAAAGAAAGCCAAAACAUAAUAAAAGGGCUAAGUGGCCAGCAAUAAUUAGAGAUGGCAAAUUUAUCUGUAGCAGGUGUUACAGAGUGUUUACUAAUCCCAGAUCACUGGGUGGACACUUAUCUAAACGGUCCUACUGUAAGCCACUGGAAGGAUCAGAAAUUUCUCAAGAAGCUUUGCAAAGUAAUAGUCAACCCUCUCUUCUUGCCAACAUGAUACUCUCUACAAAUGCAAUAAAUGUCCAGCAACCACAACAAUCUACCUUCAAUUCAGAAACAUGUUUUAAAGAUCCAUCAUUUCUUCAGCUGCUUACAUCUGAAAACCGGUCAUCAACAUUUUUACAAAAUACAUUUCCUCGCACUGGUGUGACUAAUUUUAAUACCACUGCUAAUGAGGAAGGAAGUGAAAUUAUUAAGCAAGCCUUGGAGACUGCUGGCAUUACAAGUACAUUUGAGAAUACAGAGAUUCUUUCACAUAUGGUUCCAGCAACUUGUGUCACUGAUACAACUCAAGUAAAUGCAGCAGUUAUACCAAAUCCAGAUGUUUCACCUUUAUUGCAGACUGUCUGUCACCCAAAUACUCUGCUAACAGACCAAAACAGGACACUAAGCACCAAAACUCCUUCCAUAGAUGACUGCAGCAACUUACCAGUAUUUCCACCAGAUGAAUUACUACUGAAGACUGUUGAAAAUGGUUUGUGCUCUGGUUCAUUUCCCAAUUCUGUUGGGUCUUCACAAAAUUUUGCCCCUAAUAGUUCACGUGCUUCAGUGAUAAGUGGUCCCCAGAAUUCAAGAGCUAGUCAUUUAAAUAAAAAAGGAAACUGUGCUUCUAAAAGAAAGAAGAAAGCUGCUCCACCAUUACUUGAGAAUAAUCCUCCAAACUUAGUAACAAAUGACUUAACCGCAAUGGGACUAUUAGCAAAGAGCAUUGAAGGAAAUGCACAGAUACCAACUGAUAAUCUUCAGCCUCAGGCAUUAGUGGAAAAUCUCACACAGAAGUUAAAUAACGUUGACAAUCAAUUGUUUAUGGCCAGUAUCAAAGAAAACUUCAAAGCAAAUCUUGAGUCUCAUGCUGCAUUAACUCCUUUAGCAAUAAAAACUGAAAAUGGAGAUUCCCAAAUGAUGGCUAUGAAUUCAUGCACUGCCUCUGUAAACUCUGAUUUACAGAUUUCUGAAGACAGUGUUAUACAGAACUUUGAAAAGACUUUUGAAAUUAUUAAAACUGCUAUGAGUUCUCAAAUACUUGAAGUUAAAAAUGAAAUUCAAGAUGUUAUUGGAGCAUCACAAAAUUCACAGAUCAGUUAUAAUACUCAGAUCCCUUCGUCAGUAAGUGUGAUGCAAAAUUCUAAAAUGCCUGAUGUGUCUCAGUUUUCAUUGCACAGAGAUAUCGCCACUGCAAAUGAUGACUCUCCUAAGCCUGAAAUGCCACUUAAGGAUGAUUUUGAAGUAUUAGAAAUUUUGGAAGGCUUACAGAAAUUAAAGUUAGAAAAUGAUGUCUCUGUUCCUCUUUCUGAUAAGGUUCCCCCAUGUCUACCAGUGAAUGCAUCUGCUGCUUUGACUUCCACACCAGUUAAAGCAACCCCAAAUACAGUAGUCAUUCAGCAAACUUCUGAAGCAGGAAACAACAUCCAAUUUAGUGAUAAAGUUAAUAAACCUUUUGUAUGCCAAGACCCAGGCUGUAGCUACAGUGCUAUGACAAAGGAUGCCUUAUUUAAACACUAUGGUAAGAUUCAUCACUAUACUGCAGAGAUGAUUAUGGAAAUAAAGAAACAUCAACUCAAGUAUGCUCCAUUCAAAUGUGUAGUGACUACCUGUCCAAAAACAUUUACAAGAAAUUCUAAUCUCCGUGCACACUGUCAAUUGGUACAUCACUUUACAACAGAAGAAAUGGUCAAAUUAAAAAUUAAAAGACCUUAUGGAAAAAAAUCUCAGAAUGAAAAUGUAACAGCAGCCCCACAAGUUGUGGAAAUAAAAAAACAGACCACUUCAACAGUGGAAAAUAAGAGUGAAGUACAGCCUCCUAUAGAAGUUGAGGCACAGAAGGAAAUUGCCAUAAAUAAUGUGGCAGUGACUGCAGAAACACACCUUAUAGAAAAAAAAAAUCCUGAAAAAACAGAAAGUUCUCCACCAACGAGUACAGCUACUCCAGAGCAGUGUGACACACAUUCUUGUAAUAACAUACAGACAAAAGGACGAAAAAAUAGGAGGCAUAAAAGAGAAAAAGAGGAGAUAAAGCGCAAGAAACCAGAAACCCAGUCUCCUGAGGUGCCAACAAGAUAUAGCCCCUAUAGACCAUAUAGGUGUGUUCAUCAGGGUUGUUUUGCAGCUUUUACAAUACAGCAAAACUUGAUUCUUCAUUACCAGGCUGUGCAUAAAUCAGAUCUACCUGUAUUCCCUGUGGAGAUUGAAGAAGAAAAUGAGGCUUGUAAAGAAAGUGAUGAAACUGAAACUAAGCAAACUGUGAAAGAAUUCCGAUGUCAGGUGAGUGACUGCUCCCGAAUUUUUCAAGAGAUCACUAGUUUGAUACAGCACUACAUGAAACUUCAUGAGAUGACUGCUGAAGAAAUUGCAAGUAUGCCUUCCUCCCUAGAUUGUGGAAGAUUUCCAUGUGAUCAGUCCCAUUGUAAAUCUUCAUUUACUACAAGUUUGAACUAUGUUCUUCAUCUUGAGAUGGACCAUGGAAUCAAGUUCAGGCCCAAAAAAAUGGAGGAGGAUGGUAUAUACAAAUGUGAUUGUGAAGGCUGUGACCGAAUUUAUGCAACUAGAUCUAAUCUACUACGACACAUUUUUAAUAAACAUAAUGAUAAACAUAAAGCUCACUUAAUUAGGCCAAGAAGGUUGACACCUGGUCAGGAAAACAUAUCAAGUAAAGCAAAUCAAGAAAAAUCAAGAUCUAAACAUCGAGGGGCAAAACACAACAGGUCUGGAAAAGAGGGAAGCAAAGCUAAAAACAAACGAAAGAAAAAUGUUAUUUCAGAAAAUAAAAAUUCAAAAGCGGAACAGGUUGAAGAAAAUAAACCUUAUUCUUUGAAACGUGGAAAGCAUGUGUAUUCUAUAAAAGCUAGGAAUGAUGCUUUAUCAGAGUGUACAAGCAGAUUUGUAACACAAUAUCCAUGUAUGAUAAAAGGAUGUACAUCAGUUGUAACAAGUGAAAACAAUAUAAUUAGACAUUAUAAAUGCCACAAGUUAUCGAAAUCAUU